AGGAGUGAGUGCCUGUUCAGUCUGGAGGCGUACACGGUGGAGCAGAAGAAGCGGGUACAUCAGUGCCUGCGGGAGAACAUCGACAAGCAGCUGGAGCAGAGAGAUACACUUGUACAUGAUCAGGUACACUGCCUACUAGGGUAAAAUCUUUCCAACUUUCCCAAAAUUCCCAGGUCUUACAGAAAUUCAGGUUGGAGAAUUCCAUAUUUCCUGCUUAUGCCCUCCUGAUUCCAGGAAUCUUUCAACCAGGAUUUCUGGAAAACUAGGGACAUUUUGGAAAGUUACCGACAUUUUUAAACUUUUGAAAUUUUUCUACUGUCUGCGUAUCUGACUCUUCAGACAUAGAAUUGUGAAUAUGUUUGUUUCUUAUCAAGUCCAUUCUAACUUUAAAAACUUUUGUCUGAGGAUAUCCAUUUGAGCAAGGCAAGGUGCAGAAUGUCUAAUCUUGAUCACAUAAUGAUAUGAGUAGUUAUUUGGAUGUGAGGUGAUUUGUAAGUUCAGGGAUUAUGCACAAUCCCACUGCAAUGUAGUCGAUCUCAAAGGCACAUUAACUACAUUCUAGAUCGCCUGCAAAGCUAAAGCAAUGAACCAAUGAUUGAAUAGCUGAGUGUUGCCCCGAUGUGUGUUGACAGAUGUUGGAACCAAUGGCUGAUGUCCAUUGUGAGCUCGGUAUCCUAAGUCUGGGCCGUCAAGCCACCGAAGAGCCCUCCUCACAUGGCCGUUCCCCCGAACCCUACAGCAUGAGUAGCCUGCCAGCCAAGACUCUGAACCUCACCCCCCUGGUGGUGCGCAGCACAGAGGACCUUGGACAGAAGUUGCCCCUCACGCCCCCACCGUGUACCAUGGGUAAAACCUGCAAAAGCAUGAGCCUGGAGAGAAUGGGCAUCUGGAAGGAGAGGGAGGAGGGAGACGAGGAGAGGCAGCAGGGCGAGGGGGAGAGCGCCUCCGAGACGUCGGAGACCGCAUGCAUUGGUGCCAUACCUCUAUCCCCCUCUCCGUCCUCCCCCGUCACGGUGCCAGACGUGCGCUUCCUCGAUCGCUCCUUCAACACAGAACCCACGUCCUCUCCCGAGGAGGUGGGUGAAGAAGAAGAAGAGGAGGAUGAGGAGGACAGUGACGAAGACGACCUGGAACGUCGGAGCAUCGGGGAGUGCUCUCCCUUUAGGAAGCGGGGAGCAGGGCGUGAGCGGUGGUGGCGAGCCGAGGGCCCUCCACAGACGCACUCUCAGCGAGGGCAGUCUGCUGCAGGAGCCGCGCUCGCCACGUUUCAUCUCCGACAGCACCAUCCACCGCCUGGACAGAGGCCACGCUCCCCUGCCGGGCGGCUGGACGCGACCCUCCCCCAAGACCCUGAGGAAGGAGUUGACCAGGAACGGAGGCUCGGUGCACCAGCUCUACAUGCUCCUCUCAGGGAGGAAGGUAAGUCUCUGCAAGUACCACUGCAAGUAAGAUGGCGGACUGAAGACAGCAGGUGCAGAUCACCUCAAGAUAAAAACGUAAGUUAGACUAAAUAUUAGCACUUCACAUACUGGUGGGUAAUAACCUUCAAUCUGGAAAAAAACACAAAACAAAUCAUAAGGCUAGAGAAAUGUAUCGACAAAUAUUAGGAAAACAAGCAACACCCAAACAUGACCGAGAGUAAACAAGGAGAACCAAUCUCCAAAAGUAAACACAACUCCUCGACGGACACAGGCGAUUUAAGCUUUUCACCACCAGGAAUGGUAAUGGUGGUAACCGAUCUGUUAAAAUCAAUUAAUGACAAACUGGGCAUACUUGAACUAGUCAGUAAAGACAUAAAGGAGUUGAAGGCGAGCCUCAAGAUGAGUGACGAAAAAGCUGCGACAAUAGAGAAAGAAACAAACAAGCUAAAAGGGACAGUCAAUAAGGUUGAAACGGACGUUAAUGAACUUAAAAAGAAGAACAUCUUUCUGAGAGAAGCCUUACUUGACAUACAGACUAGAUCUAUGAGAGAAAAUGUGGUACUUACUGGUAUCCAUGAGAAAGAAGGAGAAGUUCCUGAGGGUGUAGUGAGGGAGUUCCCUCCUUACAGCGCUUCAGAUCCCACGCGAAGCUGUCGACAAAAUCCAAGUUGAACGUGUACACCGUUUCGGACAGAGAUAUGAGCACCAAAUCAUUGCCAAAUGUGCUUUCUUUAAAGAUAAAAUAAUGGUUAAAAGCCUGGGUUAUAGACUUGCUGGCACGAAAAUAGGCAUGAAUGUUCAGUUCCCGAAGGAAACAAAGUUAUGUACCCAAUCUUCAAGGAGAAAAUAUGAAAAGGGAAAUGAGUAGCUCUCGUAGUCGAUAAACUAACCGGAUGUUCCGAGACACAAAGACUACUCCAUGGCUAUUCUAAAUAUUACAAAGUUCCCAUAGAGGAGUCGAAUAAAGGAACACCCAAUACUAGCCAUGGUAGGGAUUGUAAUAAAAAAUAUAUACAGUGCCUUCGGAAAGUAUUCAGACCCCUUGACGUUUUCCACAUUUUGUUACGUUACAGCCUUAUUCUAUAAUGGAUUAUAUUAAUACAAAUCCUCAGCAAUCUACACACAUUACCCCAUAAUGACAAAGCGAAAAUAUAUUUUUAGAAAUUUUGACAAAUGUAUUACAAAUAUACAACAGAAAUACCAUAUUGACAUACAGUAAGUAUUCAGACACUUUGCUAUGAGACUAGAAAUUGAGCUCCGGUGAAUCCUGUUUCCAUUGAUCAUCCUUGAGAUGUUUCUUGAACUUGAUUGGAGUCCACCUGUGGUAAAUUCAAUUGAUUGGACAUGAUUUGGAAAGGCACACCCCUGUCUAUAGAAGGUCCCACAGUUGACAGUGCAUGUCAGAGCAAAAAACAAAGCAAUGAGGUUGAAGGAAUUGUCCGUAGAGCUCAGAGACAGGAUUGUGUCAAAGCAUAGAUCUGGCCAAACUGAGCAAUCGAGAGAGAAGGGCCUUGGUCAGGGAGGUGACCAAGAACCCGAUGGACACUCUGACAGAGCUCUAGAGUUCCUCUGUGGAGAUGGGAGAACCUUCCAGAAAGACAAUCAUCUCUGCAGCACUCCGCCAAUCAGGCCUUUAUGGUAGAGUGGCCAGACGGAAGUCACUCCUCAGUAAAAGGCACAUGACAACCCACUUGUAGUUUGCCAAAAGGCACCUAAAGGGUCUGAAUACUUAUGUAAACAAGGUAUUUUUGUUUUCGCUUUGUCAUUAUGGGGUAUUAUGUGUAGACUGAUGAGGGAAAAUAAUAAUUGUAUCCUUUUUAGAAUAAGGCUGAAACGUAACAAAAUGUGGAAAAAGGGAAGGGGUCUGAAUACUUUCCGAAGGCACUGUAAACACAAAUAUCGGUAGACAGGAUCGGUGUCUAACUAGCGAGUAACAUUAGUAUCCGAAACGACCUAAAGGCGGCCAAACUACCAUGUGGGCUAUAGAUCUUUUUUUUUAAAUUCGGGGGGGGGGAUCAGCUUUAAUAUUGCAGAUAGAUUGUAACUUCCAUCAAUGUAAUUGUCUGCAUCACUUCCAAUCCCCCAUAUGUUUUUUUUCUCUCUAAUUGGAGUAAACUAGUGAACAACAAUGCUUAGUCCUCUAUUUCCAGCUUAUACAUUCUAUAUACAUUUUAUGGACACAGUCAAUUUUACAAUAAUUCUAUUUCAUUUGUUUUUACUCCUGAACUUCCUCUACCCUCAACCUCUCCAAUCAUUUUCAUGGUGUCCAUCCGGUUUGCUUCUAUAUGCCAUAUCUUUCUAACUGUGCUCUUUCACAAAAGCUCUCAACCUAUAACCUAUAUACUUAUUAUGGACACAGUAUGCUUUACAUUAGUUAUCUUGUUGUUAUUAGUUGUUGUUAGUUGUUAUUAGUCCCAUCCUUCAACUCCAUUCAACACCACCCAUCUAUCUCUUAACACCAUCCAUAUUGGAUUUCUAUUUGCCAUAUAUUUUUCAACUGUACUGUGAUGUUUUACAAAAGUUCUGAACCUUUCUAUUCUCAUUAUUUUUACAGAUUGUAAAUUGAAAAUAAACAUUUUUGCUAAAGGUAUAUUAUUGAUUGAUUGACUAUGACUUUUCAGAUCACCCAGUAGUGCUAUCUGCAGGGUUAUCUCCAGGUAAAUAUUGCAUUCCUAUAGCCAUUCCUGGACCUGUGUCCAAAAACAAGCUACAAAUGGACAGUACCAAAACAAAUGAUCUAAUGACUCUUCACAGUAAAAUCUGCAGAGCUGGGAAGAUUGUAUCCCCCAUAUAAAUAACAUUAUAUUGGUAGCAAGAAUUUUAUAUAAUAAUUUAAAUUGAAAGAUUCUAAGUUUUGAAUCCGGCGUCGUUUUGCGUAUCAGUUCAUAAACACUAUGCCAUGGAAUUGGUACGUCAAAAAUCUAUUUCCAAUAUUUUGCAAUCUAUAUGGGACGGCUGUCAAUCCUUUGGUCCUUAAAUGAAACUGGUAUACUUUUUUAUUUAUUACAAUUUUCUUUAACCAAUUAUGUUCUUUAAUGCAGGGCCGACAGACAAGUUCCUUACUUUUUUCCCUUCCACUUUCUUCUUCCAUUUUUGCAGUAAUGCUGCAAUUAUUUGGUUGUAAUAUUGGGUAGAGCAGACAUUUCCAUAUGUUUUUGUUAGCUACAUGUGCGACAUAACUCCACCAGUCCUACCUAUGAUAUAAUUUACGAAGAUUAUACCUUUUUUUUUAUUUUUGUGUCAAAAAAUAAUAGUUUUUUAUCAAUUAGUAUAUUUGAGUUUAACCACAAUAUUUGUUCCAUUAUUUGUUCUGUCGUUUCUGGAGGAUUAAAUUGAAAUUGCAACCAACUUUCUAUGGCUUGUUUUAGAAAUAGUGAUAUUUGGGAGAUGAUUUCCUUUUCAAAUAACUGAAAGUGAGCUGUUGUAAUCUGAAUAAAGGGAAAAAGGCCAUUCUUGAACAAUCUUACUAGUUUGCUAGAGAACCAGUUCGGAUUUAAGUAUAAUUUUUGUAUGACUGAAGCUUUUAGUGAUAGGUUGAAUAUUUAAUAAUUUCUGUCCUCCGAAUUCAUAUUCAUAAUAUAAAUAGGCCCGUUUAAUUUUGUCUGGCUUGCCGUUCCAAAUAAAAUUGAAUAUUUUUUCAUCAUAUAAUUUAAAAAAAAACUGUUCGCUAGGCAUAGGCAAGACCAUAAGCAAAUAGGUAAACUGGGAUAAUACUAAAAAGUUAAAUCAGGGUGAAUUUUCCACAAAUUGGUAGCAAGAUCUUAUCUAUUUUUGCUAACUUUUUUUCAUUUAUUUCAUUUGGAUAUGGGCUAUAGAUUGCCAUAAGUGGGAGCAGCAAGUUCAAAACCGUAGUAAAAAUAAAUAAAUACAAAUGCUGCGCUUUUAACAGCGAUUGUCUUUGAUUUAAGAAACUAAACAAGAUCAAAUGAAAGUAUAAAGAGCAGUGAGACAGCAUAGUAUGUCAUUGUCAACAACACAAACUAGUUAUGCGAUGCCAGCAAGCUUUAGCAUAGGAUUAUUUAACGAGAAACGGAUCGAUAAAUAGCCAUAGAUGUAUGUAGCCUAGUGUCCACACGGUCACUAGGACUAACGUUACUCACAUAAUACAGGCAGGUGCGAAAUCAUCCCAAUCCAGGCAUGUAUGCGCUGUCGGUAGAAGAACUCAGCUUCUUCAGGAGUUCCGAAGAAAUUGACCUCGCCGUUACAGGUGAGAUAGGCAGGAUAAAUCAGCCCAAAGCAGAUUCCCUUCUUGUACAGAGUGGACUUGAUGUCGUUGAAUGCGGCCCGUUUCUUCGCCAGGCUAGAACUGAAAUCCUGGUAGAACUUGAUCUUGUGGCCUUGGAAAGUGAUAUCGCCGUGUUCCCUUGUCCCACCGAAGGACGAGCUCCUUUUCUUUGUAUCAAUGGAACCGCACUAUGAUGGGAUGUGGUCGGCCGCCUGAGUGAGUUCAGGAAGAUUGGGAAAAGCGUCAUCGCCCAAAACCUCAUUGAACAGCUCUGCCAUGAACUGGGUUGGAGAUCCUGUAUGAUAGUCCUCUGGCAGUCUAAUCACGCUGAUAUUUUGGCGUUUUGAACGUGAAAUCAAAUCUUCCAGUUGUAGCUGCAUCGACUUGUUGGCAGCGUCCACAUCGUCAAGCCUGGUUUCCAGCAUAGUGAGUUGGUCGCCUGGCCUCAACUUCGGCCAGUGUGGUAGUGUGACAUGCCACAGAACCACGGAUGGUUUCCACGGUUGCCUGAAUUGGAGCCAGAGCAGCCAUCAGUGAGUUAUUCAGCAAUUCGGUGACUUCUGCUGCCAAACUUUCACGUGAUUUCUCCAGCUCUCUGACAAGGAUCUCCGGUGUUAUCGGGUUAGCCGUAUCGCCCGGAGUGGCUAUGAAGGUGGGAUGGUAGCCAUUUUAGCUGAAGUUGAUUUGGUGUAGUGAAGUCGAUUUCCCAAAGCGUGUGACUGGUUUGCUCAUGCUAACUUAGAUACCUCUAUUACUGGGUAAUUAAAAUAACUUUUGAGGUCAUGAGAAGUAUGAAUUUAGGCUAAAUUGAAGAUUAUUUACAAAAAGUUGUCGGAGGAGAGACCUCGUGCGACUUCUUUCUACAUCGCUCAACCGGAAGCCAAUUAACAGUAACUUUGAUCCGAAUGUGCAAAUUGUCCAAACAGAUCCUCAAGGUAGAUGGAUGAUUUUAAAUAUGUUAUUGGACCAUAAACAGAUAUGUCUCAUUAACCUAUAUGUAGGGCUGUGGCGGUCACGAAAUUUCAUCAGCCGGUGAUUGUCAAGCAAAUAACUGUCGGUCUCACGGUAAUUGACCGUUAAUUAACAUAAACACAUUUAGCAUCUCCUGGCUUCCACACAUAGCCUACAAGCCACUGAUGCAGACCUUUGGAACAUCUACAUUUUAAAAAAGUUUAAUAAAUCCAUGUAAGAUAUAAUAUAAGGCAAGUACUGGAAACAAUAGAACACUAUGGAAAAUCUGGGAAACCAGGCCUACUAUUCAUAGCAGACUUCGAAAAGGCAUUUGAUAAAGUACAACUGGGGUUUAUAUAUAAAUGCCUGGAGCAUUUCAAUUUUGGUCAAUCUCUUAUAAAUUGGGUUAAAAUCAUGUAUAGUAACCCUAGGUGUAAAAUAGUAAAUAAUGGCUAUUUCUCAGAAAGUUUGAAACUGUCAAGAGGAGUGAAACAAGGUUGUCCACUAUCGGCUUAUCUAUUUAUUAUUUCCAUCGAGAUGUUAGCUAUUAAAAUCAGAUCCAACAAUAAUAUCAAGGGAUUAGAAAUCCAGGGCUUAAAAACAAAGGUGUCAUUGUACGCUGAUGAUUCAUGUUUUCUUUUAAAUCCACAACUUGAAUCCCUCCACAGCCUCAUAGAGGAUCUAGAUACGUUUUCAAAUCUCUCUGGAUUACAACCAAAUUAUGAUAAAUGUACUAUAUUACGUAUUGGGUCACUAAAAAAUACAAUGUUUACAUUACCUUGUAGUUUACUAAUAAAAUGGUCUGAUGGUGAUGUGGAUAUACUUGGAAUACAUAUCCCAAAUGAAUUAAAUGAUUUCACUCCAAUAAAUGUUAAUAGAAAGUUAGCAAAAAUAGAUAAGAUCUUGCUACCAUGAAAAGGCAAAUACCUGUCAAUUUGUGGAAAAAUCACCCUGAUUAACUCUUUAGCAUUAUCCCAGUUUACCUAUUUGCUUAUGGUCUUGCCUACGCCUAGCAAACAGUUUUUUAAAUUAUAUGAGAAAAAAAUAUUCCAUUUUAUAGGGAACGGCAAGCCAGACAAAAUUAAACGGGCCUAUUUAUAUAAUGAAUAUGAAUUCGGAGGACAGAAAUAAUUAAAUAUUAAAGCAUUAGACCUAUCACUAAAAGCUUCAGUCAUACAAAAAGUAUACUUAAAUCCGAACUGGUUCUCUAGCAAACUAGUAAGAUUGUCUCACCCAAUGUUCAAGAAGGGACUUUUUCCCUUUAUUCAGAUUACAACCCCUCACUUUCAGGUUUUUGAAAAGGAAAUCAAGCCAUAGAAGGUUGGUUGCAAUUUCAGUUUAAUCCACCAGAAAAGACAGAACAAAUAAUACAACAAAUAUUGUGGUUAAACUAAAAUAUACUAAUUGAUUUCAGUUUAAGUUUUUUAAAGUUUAAUCUUUGUAAAUUAUAUCAUAAAUAGGACUGGUGGAGUUAUGUCACACAUGGAGCUAACAACAAAAUAUGGAAAUGUCUGCUCUACCCAAAAUUACAACCAACUAAUUGCAGCAUUACCACAAAAAAAUGGAAGAGGGCAAGUGGAAGGGAUUUUUCCCCCGUCCAGUUGCCUCUUCAAUUUUUUGCGGUAAUGCUGCAAUUAGGAACUUGUCUGUCGGCCCUUCAUUAAAGACCAAAAUUGGUUAAAAAACAUUGUGACAAAUUAAACAAAUAUUCCAGUUUUCAUUUAAGGACCAAAAAAUUUACAGCUGUGCCAUAUAGAUUGCAAAAUAUUUUGGAAGAGAUAUUUGAUGUACCGAUUCCAUGGUACAUGGUUUAUGAAGUGAUACGCAAAACGACGCCGGAUUCAAAACUUUACAUUUUUCAAUUUAAAUUAUUAUAAAAAAAAAUUGCAACCAAUAUAAUGUUAUAUAGUGGGGGAAAAAAGUAUUUAGUCAGCCACCAAUUGUGCAAGUUCUCCCACUUAAAAAGAUGAGAGAGGCCUGUAAUUUUCAUCAUAGGUACACGUCAACUAUGACAGACAAAUUGAGAAGAAAAAAAUCCAGAAAAUCACAUUGUAGGAUUUUUAAUGAAUUUAUUUGCAAAUGAUGGUGGAAAAUAAGUAUUUGGUCACCUACAAACAAGAAAGAUUUCUGGCUCUCACAGACCUGUAACUUCUUCUUUAAGAGGCUCCUCUGUCCUCCACUCGUUACCUGUAUUAAUGGCACCUGUUUGAACUUGUUAUCAGUAUAAAAGACACCUGUCCACAACCUCAAACAGUCAUACUCCAAACUCCACUAUGGCCAAGACCAAAGAGCUGUCAACGGACACCAGAAACAAAAUUGUAGACCUGCACCAGGCUGGGAAGACUGAAUCUGCAAUAGGUAAGCAGCUUGGUUUGAAGAAAUCAACUGUGGGAGCAAUUAUUAGGAAAUGGAAGACAUACAAGACCACUGAUAAUCUCCCUCGAUCUGGGGCUCCACGCAAGAUCUCACCCCGUGGGGUCAAAAUGAUCACAAGAACGGUGAGCAAAAAUCCCAGAACCACACGGGGGGACCUAGUGAAUGACCUGCAGAGAGCUGGGACCAAAGUAACAAAGCCUACCAUCAGUAACACACUACGCCGCCAGGGACUCAAAUCCUGCAGUGCGAGACGUGUCCCCCUGCUUAAGCCAGUACAUGUCCAGGCCCGUCUGAAGUGCAUUUGGAUGAUCCAGAAGAGGAUUGGGAGAAUGUCAUAUGGUCAGAUAAAACCAAAAUAGAACUUUUUGGUAAAAACUCAACUCGCCGUGUUUGGAGGACAAAGAAUGCUGAGUUGCAUCCAAAGAACACCAUACCUACUGUGAAGCAUGGGGGUAGAAACAUCAUGCUUUGGGGCUGUUUUUCUGCAAAGGGACCAGGACGACUGAUCCGUGUAAAGGAAAGAAUGAAUGGGGCCAUGUAUCGUGAGAUUUUGAGUGAAAACCUCCUUCCAUCAGCAAGGGCAUUGAAGAUGAAACGUGGCUGGGUCUUUCAGCAUGACAAUGAUCCCAAACACACCGCCCGGGUAAUGUAAGAAGCAUUUCAAGGUCCUGGAGUGGCCUAGCCAGUCUCCAGAUCUCAACCCCAUAGAAAAUCUUUGGAGGGAGUUGAAAGUCCGUGUUGCCCAGCGACAUCCCCAAAACAUCACUGCUCUAGAGGAGAUCUGCAUGGAGGAAUGGGCCAAAAUACCAGCAACAGUGUGUGAAAACCUUGUGAAGACUUACAGAAAACGUUUGACCUGUGUCAUUGCCAACAAAGGGUAUAUAACAAAGUAUUGAGAAACUUUUGUUAUUGACCAAAUACUUAUUUUCCAUCAUAAUUUGCAAAUAAAUUCAUUAAAAAUCCUACAAUGUGAUUUUCUGGGGAAAAAAAUCUCAAUUUGUCUGUCAUAGUUGACGGGUACCUAUGAUGAAAAUUACAGGCCUCUCUCAUCUUUUUAAGUGGGAGAACUUGCACAAUUGGUGGCUGACUAAAUACUUUUCUUCCCCACUGUAUAUAUGGGGGGUACAACCUUCCCAGCUCUGCAGAUUUUGCUGCGAAGAUACAGAAUCAUUAGACCAUUGAUUUUGGUACUGUCCAUCUGUAGUUUGUUUUUGGUCACAGGUCCAGGAAUGGCUGAAGAAUUGCAACAUUUACCUGGAGCUAACGCUGCAGAUAGCAAUACUGGGUGAUUUGAAAAGUCAUAGUCAAUCGAUCAAUAAUAUAAUAAUACUUUUAAAAAAGUUCAUCUUUAAUUUACAAUCUGUAGAAACUAUGAGAAUAGAAAAGUUCAGAACUUUUGUGAAGCAUCACAGCACAGUUGAAAAUAUAUAUGGCAAAUAGCAAUCCAAUAUGGAUGGUGUUAAGAGAUAGAUGGGAGCGGUUGAAUGGAGCUGAAGGGUGGGACUAAUAACAACAAGAUAACAAAUGUAAAAUAUACUGUCUUUAAAAUGUACAUAGGUUCAGAACUUUUGUGAAACAGCACAGUUAAAAAUAAAUGGCAAAUAGAAAUCAAACUGGAUCAGAAAUAGAUGGGAGAGGUUGAGGGUAGAGGAAGGACAAGAUUAAAAACAAACAAAAUAUAACCCUACCACGCCCCAUCUGGCAUGUCAGGCAGGCUCAAACACACAAUUUGAAGGGAAACCAAUACUAUUUGAACUCAGAUCCAAUGACUUCCACAUUAAUUUAAUGGCAGACCAUUUUUCCCCCGGCGUUGAGCAUCACUUGAAUUGUAUCCCCUCCUAAAAUGCCAUACAGCAGUUAGGGAAACACUUGAUUCAUAUAGGAUUUCGACAAAGAAUACAUCGCAAACACAUACUUGCUCUCUUCCAAAUUGUUCUGUCUUUCUCUUGUUCUAACUCUCUCUCUUUGUGUUCCUUUCUUUCCCCAAAGGUAUGCAGUGAAUCUGACUGUAACUGUGAGUUUGAACAUGGCCACACGAAAAAGAAGAAAUCCAUGAAC